ACUCUGCUCCUUGCUCCUACCAUGAAAGAAAUAAUUAUAUCAAUGUAUUUGAUUUUUAUUGCUUGGGAGUCAGUCCUUCAGGUGUCAGCGAAGAAAUUUAGGUGGUGCAACUUAUCCAACACAGAGCAAAGAAAAUGUGCUGAGCUCUCCAAGGCCCUGCAAGCAGUGUUUCCUCCCACAUCAAAGAACUCAUUCAUAAAACUAUCUUGUAUAAAAGCCUACAAUACAAAGGACUGCAUCAAAAAAAUAAGGGCAAACAAGGCCGAUGCUAUUUCACUUGAUGCUGGAGAUGUCUACACUGCUACGAAGCUUUAUGAUCUCACUGUUGUAGCAAAAGAACUAUAUCAAGAGGGUGGCUGCUUAUAUUCUGUGGCAAUAGUGCGAGAUGAAAGCCUGGAUAUCAGACGGCUGAGGGGUAAAAGAAGCUGUCACAAUGGUGCCAGACGAACAGCAGGCUGGAAUAUUCCUCUGGGUUUCCUACUAUCCCGGAAUUACCUUCCCUGGCAUGAGAACCAGACUGUCACCGAAGCUAUCAGUAAGUUCUUCACGGCAUCCUGUGCUCCAGGUGUGGGAAUCACCUUCCCCAACCUUUGCAGCCUCUGCCAGGGGCAGAAAUCCUACAUCAGAGACCGGAAUUAUUUCUGUGAAACAACUGAUAAUGAGCCGUACUAUGGCUCUGAAGGUGCAUUCAGUUGCUUGGAACAGGGGCGAGGUGAUGUUGCCUUUUUGGAUAAUACUGCAUUAGCUAACAUUAAUGAAUCCGAGGCGGCUAAAUACAAACUACUUUGUACUGAUGGGACGAAGGCCAACCUCAGCGAGUUCAGGCAAUGUAACCUUGGCCGAGGGCCUGGCAAUGCCAUCGUCACCAGGUACAACUACAGGAAGAUCACACGCAAAUUCCUCGCUGUGUCUCAGCAUCUCUUUGGGCGAAAUGGAAAAGAGUCAUCGAGGUUUCAGCUGUUCAGCUCCGCUGGAUUUGAUGGGAGAAAUCUCCUGUUUCAAGAUGCCACUACAAAGCUGCAACUUCUAACAGAUGAUGCAGAUAUCAACCUUAUUCUAGGUUUGGAUUACAUAGCUCUCCUGAAGGGAAUAGGCCAUGAAGGGAGCUCCCUGGAGAACAGUGUUGUGCGUUGGUGCUGUAUCAGUGAAGCAGAGCAGAGCAAAUGUGAGGAAUGGGCCCUGAAUGUGAAGUCUGAUCCCCUGGUCUGUGUUCGAGUGACAUCAAUGAGUGACUGCAUAGAAAUGAUUAAGAGGGAUGAGGUGGACGCUGCUUCCUUUGAUGCAACUCAUACUUACAUCGCUGGCAAUUGUGGACUUGUUCCAGUAGUGACUGAAUAUUAUGGAGGGAAUUGUACAACUUAUGGUGGGAAAAAUGGAACCGCUCACUUUGAAGCAAAAGUGCGACCUCCAGUCUACGCAAUUGCUGUGGUGAAGAAGGCUACGAGAAAUGUAAAUAUAUUCAACUUAGCCGGGAGGCGAUCCUGCCACAGCCACUUGUUUAGCCCAGCCGGGUGGCUUCUGUUAUCAAAGUACACCAUCAAGUCUGAUCCGAAUGCUACAGAUAUCUGCAACAUCAACAAAGCUUACUCUAAUUACUUCUGGAAAGGGUGCAUGCCUGGAGCGAAAGGCAACCUUUGUAAGGUUUGUAUUGGUGGGCAGCAACCCGGGACAAAAUCAUCCAAGCAACGAUGUGUGGCCAACCACAAUGAGCUCUACUAUGGCAACAUGGGUGCCCUCCUGUGUUUGAUCGGAGAUCGCACUGGGAAGAGCUUUGGGGACGUUGCCUUCCUGGAACAUCACAACUUAGUAGAAAACAUAGAGAGUAUUGGGAGGAACAGAUGGGCUGAUGGUUGGACGGCGGAGGACUUUGAGCUGCUGUGCCCGGAUGGACAGCGAGCCCCAGUCACUGAGUGGCACAGAUGCAAUCUGGGUUCAAUCCCUGCAAAUGUCGUGAUGACGAGACCGGUCAUUGCCACCAAAAUUUACGAUUUCCUGAUGAAAUCCCAGGAACAUUUCGGGGCUGACACCAACUCGGAGUUUCAGCUCUUCCAGUCUCAAAAGUUUGCAAAAAGUGAUCUGCUUUUCAAAGACUAUACAAAGUGCCUGAGUCAUGCAACUCACCUGAGCUACACGUCCAUCCUGGGUGAUGAAUUCUAUGACCUAGCAGAAUCCAUUUUCAACUGCACAGAUUCAGAGGUCCUUGAAUUCUGUACCCAGGACAUUUGCAAUACAUUUUCUGAAUCGGACAUUUAAAUCAGGUAAAUGUCCAACAAUGACACAAUGUGCUUAACAACCACAUCGCAAACUUCUUUCAACUGAUUCAAACGUUACUCGUUUCACAAACUGCAGGCAGUAAGAGAUCAUCAUCAGCAGGAACUAAAGGACUUUACAGGGGACAAACUAAACUAUUGAAACAACCAAACCUUUAUGGAGUCAAAUAUUACACUGACUGAAAUGUUU